CGGGUACUCGUUUUUUUGUUGUUUUUUUUCUUUUCAGUGAAGGUCUGCGCUGUUGCGUCGUGAGCUGGGAGGUGUCGGCGCUGUCUCGCUGUUCGUCGGGCGGUGGGGAACUUCACGGCGACUACGGGUGUGGCUUCAAACGUGCUAAAUCUCUACGCGGGGACAAGAAUGCGACGACAGUAAGAAUUAAAGCAAAAAAAAAAGGUAGAAACGGCAACGAGAAAUAUCCGGUGAAGGCGGCGAGCGCGUGCGGGCAGCGGGAAUCCAAGAGCUCGCGGUCCACAUGCUGGAGUACUUUUCAUGCUGAACUUCGUGGCCCGUUUUUCGCGUGUUUAACCUGCUCCGAUGUUCCGCAUUAGCUAAAAAGUGCACCCUCCUUCAAAAAGUUACUCGUGCUUCGUUUUUCCGCGACUAGACAACUUCCACUCCACGGAAGCCACCAGCGCCGGAAGACUGACAGAAAGAAAACGUGCAUUUAGGAAUUUCGUCAAAAGCUCAAGUUCACCUCGCAGAAGGAAAUUGGUUUUCAUGAUUUUCGUUUCCUCUCGCGGAUGAACGGACUCCGUCGCCACUCUUCAAAAGGGGAAGUCGCCUCGCGUUACUUCGACCCUUGUUUUUAAUAUUCAGAGAGAGCGCGCGGGGGGCUUUGGCCGCAGUCGUCAUUUUUUUUUCCAGGUGAUAUUUCCCCACUAAAGCAGCAGACCUGAAGCGAGCACUGGGAACCAUGGGCUGUACGGUCAGUCAGGAAGAUAAAGCCGCGGCCGAGCGGUCCAAAAUGAUUGAUAAGAACCUGAGGGAGGAUGGAGAGAAGGCGGCGAGGGAAGUGAAACUGCUGCUGCUGGGUGCUGGAGAGUCAGGAAAGAGCACCAUUGUGAAGCAGAUGAAGAUUAUUCACGAGGAUGGAUACUCAGAAGAUGAGUGUAAGCAGUACAGAGCAGUUGUCUACAGCAACACAAUCCAGUCCAUUAUGGCGAUCAUCAAAGCCAUGGGCAACCUCAAGAUCAACUAUGAAGAAUCUGCACGAGCGGAUGAUGCCCGCCAGCUCUUUGCCCUGUCAGCAGCAGCAGAAGAGCAGGGUAUCCUGCCAGAGGACCUGGGUAAUGUCAUCAAACGACUGUGGACCGAUGGUGGUGUCCAGAGCUGCUUCACACGAGCCCGAGAAUAUCAGCUCAAUGACUCUGCAGCCUACUAUCUAAAUGAUCUGGAGAGGAUAGCCAAAUCGGAUUACAUCCCCACACAGCAAGAUGUACUCCGGACCAGAGUCAAGACCACUGGCAUUGUGGAAACACAUUUCACCUUCAAGGAUCUGCACUUCAAGAUGUUUGAUGUUGGAGGCCAGCGGUCAGAAAGGAAGAAGUGGAUCCACUGCUUUGAGGGAGUCACAGCCAUUAUCUUCUGUGUAGCCAUGAGCGCGUAUGACCUGGUCCUGGCUGAGGAUGAGGAGAUGAACCGGAUGCACGAGAGCAUGAAACUGUUUGACUCAAUCUGCAACAACAAGUGGUUCACAGAGACGUCCAUCAUCCUGUUCCUCAACAAGAAGGAUCUGUUCGAGGAAAAGAUUGCCCAGAGCCCUCUGACCAUCUGCUUCCCUGAGUACACUGGCUCUAACAAGCAUGAGGAGGCCCAGGCUUACAUCCAGACCAAAUUCGAGGACCUGAACAAGAAGAAGGACACCAAGGAAAUCUACACCCACUUCACCUGUGCCACAGACACCAAGAACGUGCAGUUUGUGUUCGAUGCUGUGACCGACGUCAUCAUUAAGAACAACCUGAAGGACUGUGGCCUCUUUUAAAAACACACACACACACACACAUUGAGAGCGAGUCAAGAUUACUUGAACAGUUCUGAUGACAAUAUCGAUGGGGAAUAUACACACAUCAUGAAUGACUGCACUGGCAAACUACAAUUUCUGCUUUGAUCUGCUUUUUAUAAAGACACCUAAAAGACUGAAAACCUGACGAGCCUUGCAGAAUUCUGAUCCAGUUGCUCGUAUUGCUAACUCCUUGGGCAAUGACCACAAAAAAUAGCAUUUAUUAUUAUAUUUUUUGUUCUUUUUUUCCAUUCUUUUAAUUACUAGAGGAAGCAAAGGAAAACAUUUUUAUAUAAAUGCAUUCAUUUUACCUGUAGAGAUUCUGAUGUGCAAAUUAUUAAACUCUUAAUCAAAUGAAGCUGAUAUUUUAAGAGAUGAAGCACAAGCAUGGACAUAAAACACGAUUGACGAAAGAAAAGUGCUUUUUUAUGUUUACAUAAGUUUAUCAUACGUAGCCAAACUUGCAUUUUCAUUUUAAUUUCAAAUAUCUGCUCUGUAAUCUGCACAAAUUAUCUAACAUUACUAUAAAAUAUAUAAAAAAAAAGUUAAAAGUUAAAAAAGGAAAAAAAAGGCUUCACAUGCAGAAAAUUAAAUUUUAACUGAUAUUUAAAGUCUGUGUGUACCUAACAUCUGUCUCUUUUUAUAGUACCUUUUCCAUGUCUGUUGCAGUAUGUUUGUGCCUUGACUUCUGUUUACAGCCAAUUUCCAGAUGCUUUCAGUACUGUUUGACCUACUGUGCGCCUGUAUUCUCCUUCCAUUUUCCUGCCUAGCACCUAUGAAUAUUUAGUGAAUAUUAAUGAGAGACAAAAAUCUAAUUCAGACAAAGUUAGUGUUUUUGGUAAAUAAUAAAAUGCUUUAAAAGUCCUAUAUGAUAUGAUUUAAUUUAAAUAAAGUAGAGAUCCUCUGA